GCAGUCACUACGUUUCCGCUCCCGGUACAACGCGCUGGAUAUCGUUCCACAUAUCGCGCCAACAUGGAUAACAGCCUCAAAGCAAAUAAAUCUGCAUUCUCCAUUGAUAAUAUACUGGAGCAUAAAACGGAGUUUGCAAAGCGACAACUAACAAGCCAAACAACAGCCACAACACCUGUUGCCACAAGCUCGCCCACAGCCUUUACACCCACCGCCACAUCCAGCCCAGCAUCCAUCUAUGAUUUAUCGCGUGAAGCAGCAGCCGCUCAAUAUGCGCUCAAGAAUCUGGAGCCAAGCACAGCAACGCUGCUAUCGCCCACAAGCCUGCGCUUCAAUACGCUCUACUCAGAUCCAGCCUCAUUAUUCUAUCAGCAAAUGCUGAAUCUGCAAAAGAAUUCUACGCUCUUCAUGCCACAUUUUCAAGCUGCAGCAGUGGCAGCUGCCGCCGCCGCUCAGCCAACGGCCUAUUGUGAUCAAUAUAGUCCGUUUCUGGAUUGUGAAGGCUUUAAUAAUCCGGCAGCAGCGGCCGCUCUCUAUUGCAAUGCAGCCUAUCCGGCGGCUAGUUUCUAUAUGUCAAAUUUUGGUGUAAAGCGCAAGGGCGGACAAAUCCGUUUCACAUCGCAGCAGACGAAAAAUCUCGAGAAUCGUUUCUGCAGCUCAAAGUAUCUGUCGCCGGAGGAGCGACGCGGCCUGGCGCUGCAGCUCAAGCUGACGGACCGUCAGGUGAAAACAUGGUUCCAGAAUCGCCGCGCCAAAUGGCGAAGAGCCAAUCAGAGCAAACGCAAUGCAGCCGGCAACGCCCACAGCAACAGCACAGUGCCGCCCAGUAGCAGUUCCACCACCGAGACAGCCAGAAAUGUGACACAGGCGCCCAGUGAUGAUGAGGACCGCAUGUAUCUGUCCGAGGAAGACUCAGAGGAUGAUGAAGACGAGCCCGUCAAAUGCAGCUAA